UGAAAGUGCAGAAAGCGUUUAUAUUUUCUUCCUCAGCUAGUGAUUAACUCGUAAUAAUAACAACGUUUGAUAGACUUUUUGAACAGCGUUGCAAAGAUGUCGGUCGCAAAUCCGAAACAGACCAUAACGAAUCCAACGAUUCCUUAUAUCGGUACCAUCCUGGGAGGACUUCAACCCGGCGAGAUGGUGCUCAUUCAGGGCACCGUGCCCAGUGGUUCUGACAGAUUUCAAGUUGACCUGACCUGUGGGAGCAGCAUGAAGCCUCGGGCAGAUGUGGCCUUUCAUUUUAACCCUCGCUUCACGCGAUCUCCCUACAUCGUCUGUAACACACUGCAGAAAGAGCGCUGGGAAGAGGAGAUCCACUACCUGAUGCCUUUCAGUCACGGCGCUACGUUUGAGAUCAUCAUACUCGUACAGAAAGAUUUGUUCAAGGUGGCGGUAAACGGCUCUCACCUGCUGGAGUACCGACAGAGGGUAGAUCUGAAGAAGGUGGACACACUGAAUAUAUCAGGGAAGGUUCAAAUUCAGGCCAUUGGGUUUAUUCCCAGUUCAGAAAGCAAGAGCCCUGUCAUGCCAUCAAAUGUAAUUGCAAGCAAAAGACCACAGCCUUAUUCAGUCAUGUCAGAGUCAGGUGACACGAGCCUUCCAUUUAGGAGCAAACUCGCAAAAGGUUUAAGUCCAGGAGAUUCCAUUAUGGUGAAGGGUCAGAUCCCUGGUUCCCCACACAGCUUCACAGUAAACCUGCGCAUCAGUAACUCUGAGGACAUCGCUUGUCAUUUAAACCCUCGUUUCAAAACUGGAUCUUUUGUUCGAAACUCUUUCCUUCGAGGUUGUUGGGGGUCUGAGGAGGUUUCACUGCCCAGGUUUCCCUUCUCACGUGGUGAAUACUUUGAGAUGAUCAUCUUGUGCGAAGCUCAGGAGUUUAAAGUGGCAGUAAAUGGCUUCCACCAACUUAGCUACAAGCAUCGCGUGCAGGAUCUGAGCAGUGUGGAUGUGCUAGAAAUUAUGGGAGAUCUAGAGCUCAGAGAUGUCAAGAUGUGGUGAGAAGCUCCAGCCUGAAGAACUUUCCAAUAAGUUUUUUUUCCUAUAGCAAAGUAUAUCUAAUCAGCCCAUGUCCUCCAGUUAAGUCUAUAAUAGUACGAAUGUCGCCAUAGUAAAAUAUGGCGAGCAGCUCCAGCCUAAAGAAUGUAUUCCUACUAUAUUUAACAUCUCACUCCUACAACUCAAGCUAUAUAAACCUAUUAAAUCUUGUUCAAAUGAUUUACAUUUUUAGGAGGCCAUCACUAGCUAUGUUUCCAUCAACCUAUAUUUAUGUUCAUUUUGGAUAUGUGCAUAAAUAAAAUGUUUAACAAAAGAUGCAGGAAAAAAAAAUACGCACAAGAAAUUUAUGCGUAAAUCUAUAAUAAACUUUUUAUCCACUAAAAUAGCAUGUAUUCUACAAAGGAAACACAUUUACAGAUUAAAUUCCAGCAUGCGCAUUAAAAAAAAGUUAUGAUUUUAUUUUAACAGAUCAUGUGAUAACAAAAAUGGUUGUGUUUGGAUGGCAUUAAUAGACAGUGUCCCGACCACAUUGUUAAACAUCUGAAAUGUUGUUUUGGUCAUUCUAAAAUCCCUCAGCCAAAGUCCGUCAUCACAGUGGUUCAGUAUUAUUACCUCCAGAACUGUCUUGAGCGUCUGUUUAUCUUUGGUGCCAGUGUGGAAGAUAAUAUUGUACUCAGUAGAUGGAAGCGGUGCUUUAUACGCAAAUGUUUUAAGUUUUGCAAAUCUAAUUUGCAUCUUUGGAUGGAAACAUAGAUAUCGUCUGGUCCAAUCUGACAAAUCCUGUUGACAACAGCUUCAUAUAUUAGCAUGUCUAUUAGCAAAUGUACUUCUCUUGUUAGAUUAUUUGAAGCACUGUUGAAUCCAUAUCUUGUAUGUAACACAUAAUGAACCAUGAUUGGGGAAGGGUCGAAAAAGGUUGCAGACCCCGAACACAACAGAGGGAUGGAAAAACAUGCCAUCUGGCUGGAGGUUAAUGGUUGGGCGACAGUAAUUAUACGUCUGUUCAGCCAUUUGUCUUCAGAAUAAUUUCAUGCUAAUUCCAGCCAUUUGGAAAAUUGCAGAUUACAGCUUUAAAUUCCAUACAGUUGGAGCAAAAUGGGGCUGAUAAACACAGCCGCCCUCAUACAAAAAUAAAAAAAAAAUUGGUUAUAUUGUUAUAUUAAAUAAUAAGAAAAAAUGGGUUUAAAGGAUUUCAAGUUCCUUUCUGCAGGUGUAAUUAAUACAUCAGACAAGCGGAUAAGUACCUAAUGGAAUGACUGUACUAAUGCAUUUGAUUUGACUAGGAAUGAUAGUGCUUUUGAAUAUCAAAUCAAUAAUAAUAUUCAGGUUUACUAUUAAAAUCCAGAAUUUUUAGGAAACUUUGUUUUUUACAGAACUAUGCAACAUUAUAACAGCCUACAAUACUGUUUGCUACUACUUCUAGCUAUAAUAAUUAUCUGAUAGCUUGUAAUUAUAUAAUUCUAAUAUAUAAUUGUAAUUAUAUAUGCAGAUAAAGUCAGACAAAGCCCCCCUUUUUGAUUUUUUUUUUUUUAAAUACUACACAAAUGAUGUUUAACAGAGCAAGAAGAUUUUCACAGUAUGUCCGAUAUUUUUUUCUUCUGCAGAAAGUCUUAUUUGUUUUAUUUUGACUAGAAUAAAAGCAGUUUUUAAUUUUUAAAAAGCCAUUUUAAGGUCAAAAUUAUUAGCCCCUUUAAGCUAUAUAUUUUUUCGAUAGUCUACAGAACAAACCAUCAUUAUACAAUAACUUGCCGAAUUACCCUAACCUGCCUAGUUAACCUAAUUAAGCUAGUUAAGCCUUUAAAUGUCACUUUAAGCUGUAUAGAAGUGUCUUGUUAAAUAUCUAGUCAAAUAUAAUUUACUGUCAUCAUGACAAAGAUAAAAUAAAUCAGUUAUUAGAAAUGAGUUAUUAAACUAUUAUGUUUAGAAAUGUGUUAAAAAAAAUCUUCUCUCAGUUAAACAGAAAUUGGGGAAAAAAAAUAAACGGGGGCAACUGUAUAUACUGUACAGUUUGAAUCAGAAUUAUUAGCCCCCCUGAAUUAUUAGCCUCCGUUUAUUUUUUCCUCCAAUUUCAGUUUCUACAUCUGUUUACACAUUUCUAAACAUAAUUGUUUUAAUAACCCAUUUCUAAUAACUGAUUUAUUUUAUCUUUGCCAUGAUGACAGUAAAUAAUAUUUUCCUAGAUAUUUUUCAAGACACUUCUAUACAGCUUAAAAGGACAUUUAAAGGCUUAACUAGGUUAAUGGGGUAUAUGCCGAAGCAUGCUAAUAUGACUUUUAAUUUGCCAGUAAGCUGGGUUAAGUGUUUCCGGUGAACUGUAUGUCAAUGCAAAAAUCGGCGCGUUUAAGGUCUGUUUUCUUUAAAAAUCAGCGAUCUCCAUUGGCUAAGUGAUAUCAGAUAUAAAGUGGGUCACCGGAAGUUUACCAGUAUGGGAAACGCACUAGCUCAGCACAUACCCUAUUAGGUUAACUAGGCAGGUUAGGUUAAUUAGGCAAGUUAUUGUAUAACGAUGGUUUGUUCUGUAGACUAUAGAAAAUAAUCUAGCUUAAAGGGGCUAAUAAUAUUGACCUUAAAAUAAUUCAUAAAUUAAAAACUGCUUUUAUUUUAGCCGAAAUAAAACAAAUAAGACUUUCUCAAGAAGAAAAAAUAAUAUCAGACAUACUGUGAAAAUUUCCUUGCUCUGUUAAACAUCAUUUGGGAAACAUUAAAAAAUAAUAAUAAUAAAAAUGGCGGCUAAUAAUUCUGACUUCAGCUGUAUAUAUAUAUAUAUAUAU